CUCAAACGUCAAUUUCCCAUUUCUGAAUUCUGGUGUAAUCAUUUGUGUGCACAAAAAUUGACGAAUCCUUUGUUGUUCUUGAAUUUUAUGUGGUGAAAAUGGUAGAUCCAAUAUUCGAUUACCAAUUUAGGCUCAUUCUAAUCGGCGACAGCACGGUCGGGAAGAGUUCGCUCCUGAAAUAUUUCACUGAUGGAAAAUUCGCGGAGCUCUCCGAUCCGACGGUCGGCGUGGACUUUUUCGCUCGUAUUAUCGAGGUUCAGGACGGAACUAGGAUUAAACUGCAGCUGUGGGAUACGGCGGGGCAGGAGAGGUUCAGAUCCAUAACGAAAUCGUACUACAGGAAUUCGGUGGGUGCACUAUUGGUGUACGACGUGUGCAACCGGUCGAGCUUCGAGCACAUACCGCUGUGGAUGGUGGAGGCAAGAAGACACAUCGAGCCCCACAGACCCGUGUUUGCCCUGGUUGGCUGCAAAGUAGACCUCGUAGGCACAGACAAUAAGAAUGGUGCGAGAAGAGAAGUGCCCUAUGAGGAGGCUAGAAUGUUUGCUGAAGAAAAUGGUCUCCAUCACAUAGAGACAUCUGCGAAAUCUGGUCAUAACGUCGAACAAGCUUUUAUACUGGUCGCACAAGAAGUGUACAACCGCAUACAGUCAGGUGAAUACAAAGUCGAAGAUGGAUGGGACGGCAUAAAGACGGGCUUCAACAGACCUAACGGUAUGGACUUUAAUCUACUGGAAGCUGAGACUGUGCAGUCUACCUGCUGUUAGAGUAUAUUCUAUUGUACAUAGAUGACUUAAGUGUGUUGAAGUAAGGGAAGGCUAGAUUGUCCCUUUCACAUUUUGUAUUUGCAAGGAGUUUGCAAGAUUUAAAAUAAGAAGAAAACUCUAU